AUUGGCUGAUCGUCAAUGCGUCAUCCUCCCCGCUGCGUCCGCCCUCUGAAUCCAAUGGGCGCGGCCUCAGCGAGAGGUUCAGCCCCUCCCGCCCCGAAAGCGGGGUGGAGUGGGGAGUGCCAGCCAGUUCUUGCUUUGCAACGCGGUCCUGGCCUGGUAUAAAGGGAUCGCAGAGAGCAAAGAUGACAAUCUUGGAGUGAAGAUAGUAGCUAAGUUAAAGGAAAGAGCGUUGAUGUGCCCUCCACUCUGUAGAGACGUGGCCCCGGCAGGCUAGUCGAAAUCCUUUAAUUGGUCCGCGAAGCAAGGGAGGGGAGGGCGGGUGGGGCGUCUCCUGGCGACAAGCGGGUGGCCCCGCCCAGCCAAUCCGCGCCCCGCGGCCGGCAAGACUCCAGCCAAUCGUGACUCGCGGCUCGGCUCCCGGGCGGAGCUGGGUGGGCCUGAGACCAGGGUGAGAGGCCCGGGGGAGGUGAACGGGGCCCCUACCUAACGCUGGAGGGUCGCUAAGCCGCGGGCGUUCCCGGAGGUGGUUGUUGCGAACCUGGCAGCUGAGGGCAUCAUGGUAGGAGGCUUGAAGAGGAAGCACUCAGAUCUGGAGGAGGAAGAAGAGGAUGAGAAGUGGGAUUGGAGUCCAGCAGGCCUGCGGAGCUACCAGCAAGCCCUGCUCCGCAUCUCCCUAGACAAAGUCCAGCGAAGCCUGGGCCCCCGAGCACCCAGCCUUCGCAGGCACGUCCUCAUCCACAACACCCUCCAGCAGCUCCAAGCAGCACUUUGCCUGACUCCUGCACCUGCCCUGCCCCCAGAGCCCCUCUUCCUGGGCGAGGAGGACUUCUCGCUAUCGGCAACCAUUGGCUCUAUUCUCCGGGAGCUGGAGACCUCCAUGGAUGAGACUGAGCCACCUCAGAAUCCAGCAGCUCCCCCAAGCCCCCAGAAUGAAGUGCUUCCCCAGCCCGAUCCAGUCUUUUUAGAAGCUCUGAGCUCCCGGUACCUGGGGGACUCAGGCCUGGAUGACUUCUUCCUGGACAUCGACACAUCCGCAGUGGAAAAGGAGCCUGCAAUGGUCCCACCAGAACCUCCUCACAACCUUUUCUGCGCCCCAGGGUCCUGGGAAUGGAAUGAACUAGAUCACAUCAUGGAAAUCAUUCUGGGAUCCUAAAACUUUGAUGGGGGGCGGGGGAGGGCUCCUUCCUCAUCCCAGCCUUGGUGGGCUGACUCCCUGGAUGCAAUUCUGUGUGUGUGUGUGUGUGUGUUGAUGGGGCCUCUGAGCAGUGGCCUCCUCUCCUCCCACUUCAGGGUUCCACAAAUUGUCUUGCAUGUGUGUGUGUGUCUGGUUAUCGCAGCCUUCUGUGAAGGUGGGUCUUCCUGAAUUAAUUUAUCUGUUCCAAAUGCCUUAAUGAGACUCUGUUUCCGGGAGUCUGAUUUCCCACUUCCACAUUUCUUCUGCCUUUCCCUCUAGUUCCGACUCCCCUUGUGUCCACUGGGGCCUCAGGGAAGAUAAGCUGGGCCUGUCAAAGGAUGACAGGGAUGUGCUACCUGGUUGCUAUGGAAACCCAGCCUCUGCCUCGUGGCACCUCCAGGUAGUGGGAGAGGCUGGCCUCCUCCCCCAGGCUGAACCCCACCUCCUUCGCAGGACCCCAUUCCCAGCAGCCUCCUGAUUCAUGACCAGGCCGGACCACGUGCAAUAGGGUGGAAACCAAACUGCUCCAUGCCGCAUUAUUUAAAAGAAAAGCGGGUUUUGUGGUGUUUUUGUUUGUUUUGGUUGUUUGUAAUGAUUUUUUUUUUUUUUUAAUAAAAGUAUUUUGGAAGGGG